AUGGUGGGACACAUGGUAGGACACAUGGUGGGACACAUGGAGGCUGAGAUAAAAACAAUUGUUAAAGUUACGGUUUGUGUCCUGAUUCUGUUUGGCCCAUGGUUCGCGCUGAUUUUGUGGCUGUCGACGAGAGGCUUCCGGGACUUUUUCCUCACAAAAGAUCGCGAGGAGCAUGAGGACCACGAGGACCACGAGGAGCACGAGGACCAUGAAGACCACGAAGACCACAAGGACCAUAAGGACCACAGGGACCAUAAGGACCACAGGAACGGGGGAUUGCAACAAAGACUGUCCGACGAGGACCGCAAUGGCAAGAGGAACCAUCAUGGCAACAAGAGCCGUCAUGGCAACAAGAGCCGUCAUGGCAACAAGAGCCGUCAUGGCAACAAGAGCCGUCAUGACAACGAGGACGGCGAUGGCAACAAGGACAGUCAUAGCAACAAACCCUCAGAGCAGUCAAUUUGA